UCAUUCCCUCACGAGAAGGGGGGGAGAGACAGCAGGACUCGGUUUUCCAAUCUGGUGAGAAAUUCAAACGGGAUGUAGCGCUGGGUGAGCAGGGAUUAUAGAUGUGAGCUUAAUGAAAGUGUUUCAGACUCAGGAAUUUAAACAGACUAACUGAUGGUGCCUGCUGAGACUGGCCGCGAAAUGUUAGACGAAACUUGUAACCAAACUUCUUUGUGAUCGCAGUCAUGAGGACACUAACCACGAUAUUUAUCUACUGCAGUUGUAUCUGGACUUGCCAAGGCUUCAACUGCAAGUUUCCCAAUGAGGGUUGCCAUGACAACAGCGAAUGCUGCAGCGGGAAAUGUAUUCAUGCACAUCCGGGCACCAACCCACGCUGCACAAAGCUGAGUAUGCACAAGCCGUGUCUAUACACGUACCAGUGUGAGGACCGCUUGAAGUGUGGCUCAAGCAACAAGUGCUGUGCCAAGUAUUGGGGAGUUUGUACUGAGAACAGGGACUGCUGUGAUGACUUGCAGCUUUGUCUAGAGGUGGAAGGAUUCUACUACAAGAGAUGUCUGUAUACCAACAAUCUAAACAGCGGUCACAGAAACCAGUUCUCAAUCCUGAGCUUAUUUUUUGCCUGUGUUUUUCUCUGGAGCUGACAUUCAGUUCAUCGACUCAUAGAACCAAUAAAAAAACAAACUUCAAACUACCGAGAACUUUAACAAGUGUGUACAAACAGGCAUUCAACACUAUAGAGAACUAUUGCAGGCCAUACAGACGGCAAUGGGGAUAGACGAAUAGACUAAUGUUUCAGCUAAUCUGUUCAGAGGCGUCGCCAGGAUUAGUGUCUCCCGGUGCGGUUAGCUAAUGGUGCCUCUCUAAAACUCAGUUACCCCCAUAAUAAUUUUUUUGCAAAAAAAAACAAAAAACUUAUCAUUUUGUAAAACAUGCUGAAGCUUAAGUAUUUAGUUAAUGCCAAUUACUUUGAAAAAAAAAAGGGUGUGUAGGCAAAGUGGUAAAGCGCUUGGCUUUUGUAACUGAGAUGUCUCGGGUUCAAAUCUCGGUGAAACAGGGGAUAUUGAAUUUACAGGAGACUCCUUAGUUCACCCAACUCUCUUGGGUACCAGACUUACGUUGGGGACAAAGGAGGUUUGUCGUUGUGCUGGCCACAUGACAUCCUCGUUAACCGUCGACCAUACAAACAGCUGACCUUAACGUCAUCAGAUCGCAGGGUCUGAAAAGGGUACUAUGCUUCUUUUUUUUUUUUUUUAGUCUGCUAAAAAUAAUUUUUUUUACCUUAUGCUGUCCGCACUCUUGCACGCCCUUAGCGACGCCACUGAAUGUAUUAUCGCCGUGACUGGCUUACUUCGUUGGGGUCCGUCUAUUGAUGUGUGAAACGGUGUUAAUAGAAAGUAUUUUAUGAACUAUAAAUAAAGCAUGUUUUUGGUCGGUGCAGCUACUUAAGUGACAAUAGCUAUCAUCGAGCUUCUCUAGCAAUAGAUUCUCAACGACUGUCACGUGGUAAGAGGAGCCUAAAAAUAGCAUCAUUGAACAUGUCAAGCUAAAACCUUGUGUAUUUCAACACGUUUCUAGGUUGUUGUUUUCAGCUUCUCUAUUUAUAUGUGUCUGUGUGUUUCACGUGCGAUGCUCAUCUGGGCUGUGUCUCGCUUCUCAUUAUUGACAUUUGGGAAGAACACUUUUUGGGUUUAUCUUGCCAUUUUAACAGCUAGAUCUAGAUCUUAUUUGUGGUUUAAGUCCUCUACAUUGAUAGAUUUGAUGGACCUCGUUGGAUGGCUGGCUGGUCGUGCGGUUUGCGCGCUGGACUAUCGUUUGGAUUUAUCGAUGGUCCCCGGGUUCAAAUCCUGCCCGCUCCCAUCCCCCGUCGUCCUGCGGGAGGUUUGGACUAGGAAGUAAACUAUCUUCAACUCUGAAGGAACAUCCGAAACAUGUAAAACAUUUGGCACACAAACAAACAAACGAAUGGUUCAAAUGAAACACGGAAAAUAGUCACGUGAUAUCCAUGUUUAAUUCGAAUGAGGUCGUAAAUUGUAUAGAAAAGAUUGGAAUCACGUGACUUAGAGGUGCUUGUUUACGAUUGGUUAAUGAGGUCCAAUUCUGGUUGUAGUUCGUGCAUUGUGGUUCGGGGGGUGACCACUUUUGUCAUCCAUUGGGAUCAGGGCUUUGCGCUGGGUUUUUUGUGCAAAAUACAAAAGAAAAUGGAAAAAGAUUAAUUUCGUUUGACACAUUAAUUUAAUUUCUUGCAUAUUUGUUAAGCUUCCUGUUCUUUUUUAAUACAAAACAAUGUAUAUGUUAUUAUGUAUAUAAAUGUUAAUUGUUAUUGGACUCUGUAGGAGUCGAACAAAUGGGGUUCAUCUCGUAGACAAUGAAAUCCUGGUAGUUCCACACAGCAGUUCCACGUAGCAGUUCCACACAGCCGUUCUACAUAGUAGUUUCACACAGUAGUUCCACACAGCAGUUCAACACAGCCCUUCUAUAUAGUAAUUCCACCCAGCAGUGCCACAUAACACUCUGCUCGUCAACCGUUGACCAUAGAAACAGAUGACCAUAGCAUCAACUGCCCUGCAGACCGCAUGGUCUCAAUAGGGAACUUCACUUUUUUACAAUCAUAUAUUAAAACAUAAAGUAUAUAUAUCUAUGUCACUUUACCAAUUUUAAAUGUGUUCACAAUAUAAGUGUGUAGUUUUUUUGUUUUUUUUUGUUGUUGUUUUAUAACGGUUUACUUUGAUUUGAGCAGUGUCUUAGACUUGAGCUGUGUUUUAAAACCUAGCUGAUUUUAGAUCGAAUUGUUCCCGGUUGGUGUCACAGAAUUCGGCAAUAUAAAAUAGCCUACAGUUCAGCAGCAAAAAAAAAUCUAUGGUAACGUUUACUGAACAUGCGCCCCCUAUUUGUGCACACGUCCCUAGACUCUUGCGAUAUCUUUAGUAUUAACCAGGGAAGACCACGGCUACGGCGGAUCAAUAAUAUUAAAACUAACAACCCGCUGUUCGUUGGUAGAAACUAAAAGUCCUGGAUAAUUAUCCCUAAAACAAGUUUGUGGUCAAGCAGAAAAAUGACCUUAUAGAUUCCACAUGGGGGCGGGGGGGGGAGGACUAAAUGUUAAAGACUAUUAUUAAAAUGAUUAUUAUUAGUACUUUUGGUAGUAUUGGUAUUUCAACUUUUUUUAUAAACAUAUUUCAUAAACCAUCUUUGUAACAUAAUUUUGAAUGACAAGUUUUCACAUUGUCAACAACUUUUACUCCGUCACCGUUAUGGCGUAUU